AUGACUCUCCCAUAUGACGUUAACUCGGAGCUGCGUGGACAUGAAGGCGCAAUUCGCUGUAUCUCAUCUCUUUCGAAUGAUUUACUACUAACGGGUGCGAUGGACUCAAUUGUGCGCGUUUGGCAACGUGAUGUCAACUAUACUAUAAGUAGAUACAUAUCUAUGGAAAGUGCUACUAUUUAUGACCAUGAACAUUGGAUAACAGCGAGUAUAGCCCUUGAAAAUGGGGGCUACGUAACAGGCAGCAUGGAUAAAAAUAUUCGUGUCUUUGACGUUCAUGGAAAACGUGUAGGGCUGCUAAAAGGACAUAAAGGUGGUGUGAUCUCUCUAGCAGUCUCUAUGGAUAAAAAACUACUGCUCUCUGGUAGUUGGGAUGGCACAGCGCGAGUCUGGAACCUCGAGACGCAGCAGUGUUUACACGUGCUACCAGGCCACGAGAAUGGUGUUUGCGUACUUGGACUUCCAGAUGGAUCGAUAGUCACGGGAUCUACAGGUCAACAAGUGGGCAAUAGUGUGACGGACUUUAAGUUGCGGUUCUGGGCCAAGGACACGUUUACGCUGACAAAGACACAGAUAGACCACCAAGGUCCAAUUCGACAGUUGGUCUUGGUGCCGGAUAUUGGCUUUGUGAGCUGCUCUAAUGACGGGUCUAUAAAGCUACGAACGCUAGAUGGAGGUGUUAUCGCUAGUAUGGAGCACCCAUUGAAUGCAGAAGGAAAACCAGGCUUUGUACUAGGCGUUUGCGUAUUGAGCAACGGACUGUUGGUUUCGGCGAGUGAAGACUGCACGGCACGUGUGUGGUCGGCAGAUGGUGCUCUUGUGCAGACUAUAGAACACCCUGGAGGACUAUGGUGCGUUACGGCAUUGCCCAACGGAGACUUUGCCACAGGCUGCGAUGACAAAAUCGUGCGGGUAUUCACAAGCGACCCAGGGCGGGUAGACCCGGACGCGGCGGCGUCGUUACAGGCAGCAGUUGAAGAAGCUCGGAUUGCAAAGACUCGUGGACCGAGUGGUGUAGAGAUCGAGGCGCUCCCCAAUUACGACCAUCGUGCGAGUGUCAAUGGGACCUCAGAUGGUCAAAUUCAGAUGUUCCGUCGCGGCACAAAAGCGUGGGCUUGCCAAUGGAGUGGUCCGUCCCGAACUUGGAUCGAUAUUGGCGAGGUGACUGGUACUGGCGGUGGGGGGUGUAGUUGA